AUGAAGAAGAAGGUGCUGCUGAUGGGGAAGAGCGGCUCUGGCAAGACCAGCAUGCGUUCCAUUAUCUUUGCCAACUAUAUAGCCCGUGAUACGACACGCCUUGGAGCAACAAUUGAUGUGGAGCACUCACAUGUGAAGUUUCUUGGCAAUCUGGUCCUUAAUCUGUGGGACUGUGGCGGCCAGGAAGGCUUUAUGAAACAGUACAUUGCGCAGCAGCGUGACAACAUAUUCCGCAAUGUAGAGGUGCUCAUCUAUGUCUUCGAUGUGGAGAGCCAGGAGAUGGAGCGCGAUGUCCACUACUAUCAGAGCUGCCUAGAGGCGUUGCUGCAGAAUUCGCCGGAGGCGUUAAUCUUUUGUCUAGUCCAUAAGAUGGACCUGGUGCCCGAAGAACACCGCGAGGGUGUGUUCAAAGAGCGCGAAGAGGACCUCAUACGCUUGUCGAGGCCGGGAAAUGUGACCUGCUUCCGUACCAGCAUCUGGGACGAAACAUUGUACAAAGCCUGGUCUUCCAUUGUAACCAUGCUGAUACCCAAUGUGGCCGCCCUGAAGAACUCUGUAACGCAUUUUGCCAAUGUGAUUGAGGCGGACGAGGUGUUGCUCUUCGAGAAGGCAACCUUUCUGGUCAUAUCCUAUUUUCAGAGCAAAAAGAAUCGUGACUCGCAUCGAUUUGAGAAGGUCUCGAACAUCAUCAAACAGUUCAAGUUGAGCUGCUCCAAGCUGGGCGCCAAAUUCCAGUCGAUGGAGGUGCGAAACAGCGCCUUUGCCGCCUUCAUCGACACUUUCACGAGCAACACCUACGUCAUGGUGGUCAUGUCUGAUCCCACUCUGCCCUCGGAGGCCACGCUCGUCAACAUACGGAAUGCUCGCAAGCACUUUGAACAGCUAGAGAACCCGAAUAACAGUGCCAUGAACCACCAUAGCCACAAGUACCAUUGAUGACGCCGCGCUGAUUCGUUGUUUUCUGUUUCCUCGUGCCUGCUCUGCCUGUUUAUUCUGUUUCAAAAGACAAUGCCCCACUGUCUGUUGUUGUGCACACAUCGAAGCGCCCAGGGUGCCGCCCCCUCCCCGAAAAGUCUUGCUGCUUCCCUUACUGAUUAAUAUAAAUAUAGCCAUCUCCUUCGUUGAUUUUUCUUAGAUUUGUAAGUUUGAACCUUUGUAGGCCGUAAGUUUAUAUACACAAAAAUUACACACUUAUAAAUAUACAUACAAAA